CAUCACUCCCUCACUCCCUCCCUCCCUCCCUCUAGGGUUCCUCUCAAGUUUCCGGUCCCCAGAGAUCUCCAAAUCCAAUCCAUUCCGAACUCGUUCUCUGCCCUGGGCUUGAUGGAUCAGAAGUAUGAGAAAGUUGAGAAGAUUGGUGAAGGAACCUACGGUGUGGUUUACAAGGCUCUUAACCGUGAAACCAAUGAAACGAUCGCUUUGAAGAAGAUCCGCUUGGAGCAGGAAGAUGAGGGUGUGCCUAGCACUGCCAUCAGAGAGAUUUCUCUCUUGAAAGAAAUGCAACAUGGAAACAUUGUUAAGUUGCAGGAUGUAGUGCAUAGCGAGAAGCGCUUGUAUCUGGUUUUCGAGUACCUCGACCUGGAUUUGAAGAAGCACAUGGAUUCGUGCCCAGAUUUUGGAAAUGAUCCACAAAUGAUAAAAACUUUCCUUUAUCAAAUUCUCCGUGGUAUCGCAUACUGUCAUUCGCACAGGGUUCUUCAUCGAGAUCUGAAACCACAAAAUUUAUUGAUAGAUCGUCGUACCAAUGCACUAAAGCUUGCUGAUUUUGGGCUGGCCAGAGCAUUCGGAAUUCCUGUUAGGACAUUUACGCAUGAGGUGGUUACACUGUGGUACAGAGCCCCUGAAAUACUGCUUGGAUCUCGCCAUUACUCAACUCCUGUUGAUGUGUGGUCAGUCGGUUGUAUAUUUGCUGAGAUGGUGAACCAGAAACCAUUAUUUCCAGGUGACUCUGAGAUUGACGAACUAUUCAAAAUCUUCAGAGUCUUGGGUACUCCAAAUGAGGAGACAUGGCCGGGAGUGACCUCACUGCCUGAUUUUAAAUCUGCUUUUCCUAAGUGGCCUUCUAAGGAUUUGGCAGCUGCUGUUCCAAAUCUUGAAUCAGCUGGCAUUGACCUACUGUCUAAAAUGCUCUGCAUGGAUCCCAGCAAAAGAAUCACAGCUAGAAGUGCUCUUCAGCAUGAAUACUUCAAGGAUAUUGAGAUUGUACCACCGUCUUCCUGAGGAGAAAUAUCUAUACUAAUGUGUACAAUUGUGUGGCUUUUGAUUGUGAGACAUAUGCAUUUUUGCCCUUUCCGUUUCAUUGCAAUUUUUCCUUAACAUCCAUGGAACAAAAUUCUUACCUGAUGAAACUGUUUCUUUGCAGUCAUCUCCAGUAAUCCAGUGUGUCUCAGCAAUAUAUUUCUCGUUUCUGUAUCUCGUAUAUAUAUAAGUGGCAUUUUUCAGCUUUA